CGCGAAUUCUUUUAUUAACUAGGGAAGAUUUUACUAUCCGUUACUCUGUUCGUGUUCACAUUUCAAGUGUUUUUUGAUAUGGAUGCGGCAAGUAAAUAUGUCAAGUGUACGCCAGCAAAAGAUCAUCUUCCUUCAGUAUGUGAUUGCACGAAACUGGGCGUCGGAAAUUGCAUGUUCAAGUUAAAUAUAACUAGAAACCCAUUAGCAGUUGAUACUGACGAGGAUUCCAACAAUGUAUACUUUAUCAACAAUGAGAAAAUGGGUCCGACAUUGAUUGCAAAGAUAGAUACUUACAUGGUCGUUGAUGUGUUCAACUCCAUGAAAAAUAACAAUACAUCGAUUCACUGGCAUGGCAUUCACCAAUAUAACACUGCUUACAUGGACUGUGUUGCACACAUAAGUCAAGAACCCAUCAGGCCAUCAAAAGCGUUAAGGUAUGUGUUCAAGGCCUGGCCUGCUGGGACACAUUGGUAUCACUCACACGUCAAAGAUCAACGAGAUAAAGGAAUUUAUGGUGUCUUAAUAGUAUUGCCACAUGUUCAAGACUAUCCAGACAUUAUAGACGAACCAGAUAAAAAUGUUAUUGCCAUAAGAGAAGGCGAAGUUAUAAAGGACAAUUGGCCAGACUGCGAACCAGAUCAUUCUAAGCCUCCUGUGUUAUUUGGAGAAAUUACUUCUAUUCGAAUAAAUGAGUACGAAUUGGGUACCGAGUUAAAUAGCAACCAAUUUGCGCCCUUAUUUUAUGUUACAUAUAAAAGAAGAUAUCGGUUCCGCGUGAUUGGUGUUAUGUUUGCGAACGCUUUUCGUUUGUCCAUAGACGGGCACAAAUUAAAUUUUAUUGCCGCGGACGGGUAUUCGACACUUAAAAAACUGUCGAUUAUUGGUUGUUCACGUCGGGGAAAGAUACGACAUCGAGGUGAUUCCUCCUGAAGAUAAGACCAUAGAUGAUAGUACAUGUUGCGAAGUAUAUCCGAUCCGAAUCAAAUCAAUUGGGUUGAAUUGAAAAACUGGAGUCCAUCACACUCGGUUCGCCUAUCUCCAGUAUAGACAAAGCGAAUAUCUAUGCAAA